AAGAGAACUUUAUUCGAUGUUACUUGGAAAUUCAAAGGAAACUCCCCUCACUCUCACAAGCGCUGCUAUUCAUGUUCACACCUCACACUGACAACAGACAGACGCCCACGGCGGAGUGAUACCGCGGAGGAAUGGCACACGGCCGUGCCUCGUCCUAUAUAUACGCUCGAGAGCUUCUCUGUCAGCCUGUCCUUCGUUCCCGUUUACACAAAGUGACAUCAUUGAUUCUAGCAGGACGCUCUCCCGCCUUAACAUGGCAGUUUAAAGGCGUGCGCGGCUACAUUUGCAGCGGCAAAAACCCGGCAGUGCAAGGCGAAGCACUGGCUAUUUCUGGCAAAAUGGCGUCUCUCUCGGCAACCACCCUCAGCUUUGCUGCCGUCGACAGCACAACAGACCCGCUCGACUUGCUCACAUCAGACUUGUCGUUGUCUUUAUUCACUCUCUCACGGCUACAACUGACCAGCAGCAGCCAUGACACUCUCCCAGCUCGCCUUGGAGGACGUGGAGGCCCUGUGCUUAGGGCCCUCGUUUCUGAUGGCUGACCCCAUGGGGCCCCUUCUGGACCAGGAUGAAGAAGAAGCUCUUUCUCCCUCCUCCUCUCUAGAGGGGAAGGCGCCAGCUUCGCCCCCUCUGUCUUUCUCCUCCUACGCAUCUUCCCUGUCUCCCUAUCAGACCUUGUCCUCACCACUCUCUUCUGCAUCCCCUCCUGCCUCUCCUCUUCCUUUCACUCUCUCCCAUUCCUCCUUCCCGGGAACCAAGGCCGGAGUGGACUCACUGUCCCUCCCCUGGCUGGGUGCCAGCGACCUGCUCGAUGCCCAUAUUGGAGCAGACGAUGUCAAAGAUGACUCCUUCGCAGGCAUGGACUGGAUGUCGGAAAAAAUCGACCUGAGCGAAUUUGAUUUGGAGUCUCUAAUUGGCUCCUGCUCAUCCGAUGAGUCCCCCAGCUCCCCCGAGGAUCUCCUGGCCUCCCUCGACUCCCACAUGGAUUUGGAUCUAGAGUCCUUCAACACGACCACCAACUCUGACUCAAACAACCUGGGGCUGGAGCUCUCGCUGCCCAGCACCCCCGCUCUUCCUCUUGAGCUCCCUCUCCCUGAGGCAGCUGAGGCCAGCAAGAUGGAGUUGUUUCCUGAACAGGAGGUUGUUAUGAAGUCUGAGCCUCCCUCCCCGGUCCCCUCUCCUCCUCCACCCUCCUCUCCAGUCUGCACACUGGAGCUGGGAAGUGAAGUGGAUGUCCUUGAUGCUGAGAAAACAGCAACAUCCAUCACAGCCACCAUCAUUCCAGAUCCCAGCGGGAGCAUUCAGACCAGCAGCCCCAUCGUGCUGUCCCUCCCCACCACCGGCCACAUCGUGGUGGUGCUCACCAACGAAGAAGAGCCCACCCUCUUGGCUCUCCCCGACCAGUCCAUAAAGACCUCACCGCCAUCGAGCGACUGCGACAGCGACUCUGGCAUCGAGUCUGGCGACGGCUCGCCUUCUCGCCUCCCCUCCCCUCCUCCAACCCCCUCUCCAUCUGCUGGUUCCUCCAGGACCAAACCUUACACCAAACCAGAGCCCAACGCCACCCCCUCUCCCUCAGCAAAAGUCAAGUCCGUAUCCGGUGCUCCUAAAGUAGUGGAGAAGAAGCUGAAGAAGAUGGAGCAGAACAAGACAGCUGCCACCCGCUACCGACAAAAGAAGAGGUCGGAGCAGGAGCUGCUCGGCUCCGAGAUGGACGAUCUGGAGAAGAGGAACCACGAGUUGAAGGAGAAGGCGGAGUCCAUCAGCCGAGAGAUCCAGUACCUGAAAGAUCUGAUGGAGGAAGUCCGUAAGCACCGACGUGGAAAGACCAGCUCGGCAGCUCAGUAACCAGUUUGUGUGUGUAAGGCAAACAGUCGUGAGGUGGUUGUGUUUCUGCUCUAAACACUUGCAAGUAUGAUUUAGGAGAGGAGAGGAAUGCAAGAGCCGAUGCAUGAAGCAGGCCGCCGUGAAGAGGGAACAGCUGGAUGAAGAGGAGAGCCUCUGAAAGUUGAGAUUAUUAGUGUAGAGCAGGGGGCUGGGGGGUAGUCAGGUGAAGCAUCUGUACAUGCUUGUCUCUCAGUCCCCCUGUUAGAUCCCCAGGAUACACUCCCCGUUUGAAAGAGCGGCAGGGUGUGUAUUUACCUUGUAGACUAGGCAUGCUAAUCAUGAGUCACUGUAAUCUCUGGUAGUGUUGUAGACCCAAUUCCUUUUUGAAGACACUCCCAGCAUCAUGCCAGACCAGUCCCCGCUCAGUUUCAGUGAAAUAACUCCCGUGUUCAUAGAGUGAGACACCACUUCUACCUUGACGUUACCCACCGUCACCCCAUUUCAACCUUCCUCUUAACAGCUUCCAGUCCAGAAAGGGGCCUCAGCCUAUUUAUGAAUUCUCGAUGUUACACUGUCAACACAACAUGGAUGUUUUUGUGUAUAUAGUUUUCUCCUUCGCUUGCCAAAUGUGGCUUUCGUUAUUUAAUGCUGGGUACACCUGAUAGUUGAUCUAGUUGCUCAGAGUCUUGUAGUGCAGCUGUUUGGCUUGUAAAAACAAUGCUCUUCUUUCUUUUUCUAAUAAAUGUCUAUCAGUAAUCAA